UCGCUUGGGAUGGUUACUGUUUUGGGGCUGUCAGUGGAGCCCUCGUUGCUGCUGUUAAGUGGGGUACCCGGGCUGUGGAAUCGUGAACGGCUGACUGAAACCUUGAUCUGUAGUACUAUCCAAUCCUCUCAGGCAGGAUCACAAGUCCCCUUGGUGACAGUGCUCUGGGGAUACCUUACAUCCACAGCCAGAGUGCACACUCACGGGGGAAUGAUGAACAGGUUCAGAAAGUGGCUGUACAAACCCAAGAGGUCAGACCCACAGCUCCUUGCUCAGUUCUACUAUGCAGAUGAAGAGCUUAACCAAGUUGCUGCAGAGCUGGACAGUUUGGAUGGAAGAAAAGACCCCCAAAGGUGUACACUACUAGUCAACCAGUUUCGUUCCUGUCAGGAUAAUGUUUUGAACAUAAUAAACCAGAUAAUGGAGGAUUGCAUACAGCAUGAUAGAGCAAAUCGUGACUUUUGUGUUAAAUUUCCUGAAGAAAUUCGGCAUGACAAUCUGGCGGGACAGCUAUGGUUUGGAGCAGAGUGUUUGGCUGCUGGCUCUAUUAUAAUGAAUCGUGAAAUCGAAAGCAUGGCAAUGAGACCUCUGGCCAAAGACUUAACCAGAAGCCUUGAAGAAGUUAGGAACAUUAUCCGUGACCAGGCCCUCAGGGAUCUUAACAUGUACACCGAUAAAAUGAGAGACUCGCUCAAACAUUUUGAUAUUUUGUUUGCAGAGUUUGAAUUAAGCUAUGUAUCUGCCAUGGUACCUGUAAAGUCUCCUAAAGAAUACUAUGUACAACAGGAGGUUAUUGUACUUUUCUGUGAAACUGUAGAAAGAGCCUUAAAGCUUGGAUACCUCACACAAGAUAUGAUUGAUGAUUAUGAACCAGCAUUAAUGUUUACAAUUCCAAGAUUAGCCAUUGUGUGUGGGCUAGUUGUUUACUCUGAAGGACCACUUAACCUCGACCGCAAACCAGAAGACAUGUCUGAACUUUUUCGGCCUUUUCACACACUGCUAAGAAAAAUAAGAGAUCUUCUGCAAACCUUAACAGAAGACGAGCUGCACACAUUAGAAAGAAACCUUUGCAUAUCACAGGAUAUGGAGUUUCCAGUCAGUACAGACCCUGAAGUGCCCUCUGCAAUCUCCCCUGUCUUAGUAACUGCCUUACCAACUGAGGACCCACUUUCAGUAAAAGCUGAAAACACAGAGGUUGAACUUGCAUGCUCUAUGCAGUAUGAUGAGCAAGAGCUUGAGCAGUUGAAUAUGAUGGUCCAUAGAGUUGGAGAUGAGAUGUCUUCUUUGCUCUCCCCACCAAGUGUCUGCCAGUCUCCAGCUCACAGGGCUAACCUCAGCACUGAGGCUUCUCCUAGCCGGCGCAGCAUAGAUAAUCUAAUUGAUGAAGAGGAUAGGGUGUUUUUCAUGGAAGAUCUUGAUGGAGCAGCAGACAUUAUAGCUAGACAAAGAACUUCUGAAAACACAAUGGCUUGGGUCAAUAGCUCCUGUUGCAAUUCAAAAGAAUCUGCACAAGACAAUGUCAUACAAAAUGGGGAAGUAGAAAAUGUUGUUCCUUUAAAAAGUAUGGAAUGUGAUUUGAGCAAUAACAACAACAUUGAUGGAAGUAAAAUGCUGAUGAGUAGUACUUCCCUCCAAAAUUCCUGUAGUUGUCUAGAGGUUACAGAUUCACAGUUAUACCUCAAUGGCUGGGACGCAAAUGGCGACGAUGCAGAAACUGCUGAAAUAAUAGCACACAGAACUGGUGGAAUGAAAAUAUCAGCAACAGUCAUCUUCAAUCCUAAAUGUAUCUCAACUUCAGUUUCACCAGAGAUUUCACCAGAUGUAACCAGCAAUGGUAUUCCAAUCUCUUCAGAUCCACUAUCUAAUGAUGAUGAUGAGGAAUCCCAUAAACUCAGCAUAGCAGCCACUAAUUGUUUAAUUAAUUCUUGUGUUUGUUGUGGUAGUUGUGAAGAUGCUAGAGAGGAUAACCUUAAUGGAAUACAGAAUAUACGAUCUCCAGGUAAAGUUAUAAAUGCUUCCUAUAGUUUAAUAAAGUCCAAAGAGAUGGGCCAUAUAGACAGAUCAGACUGUAGAAUGUCUGCCAAAGAGACAUUAAAAAUGGAAAGCCCUCCUGUUUUGUUGUUAGAAAAAGAUACUGGCAGACAAGAACAAAAAUAUUCUAACUCAUCUAAGUGCCUGCAACAAAACUCAGGUUCACAACUGGGAACGGACAGUGAUUCUGAAGAAGCCGUAAGUGUUCCAAGUCCCCAAACCAAAAGCGAAUCAAAAAGUCAGCUGGAGGAAAGCAGGGAAAGACAAUCAAAGGGAACAGAGGAAGCUAUUUUGGAAUCUUCAACAAAAGAAGACCCCAAAUCUAGUAGUACCACUUCUCAGGAUGGCUUGCUCGAUUCUCCGCUCAACUCCAUCUCCAGCAGUGACUAUGAGAGUGUUUCUGUCACUACAUGUAGUCUCUCCAGCAUAUACACUCAGAGCAGCUUGAUGACCAGUUCUUGCUCAUCAGACGACUUUGAUCAGGAGGAGAUUCAACUUGCCCUGCAGGCUGCAAAAAUUGCUUCUAGGCAAAAGAUCCGAUCCCGUUUCCACAGCAGUAAUGACCUCAUUCAUCGGCUUUUUGUCUGCAUCUCAGGUGUUGCUGAUCAGUUGCAGACAAACUAUGCAAGUGACUUAAGAAGUAUCUUAAAGACUUUGUUUGAAGUGAUGGCGACCAAGCAAGAAAUAGAUGACAAAGGAAAACAAAAGAAAGUAAGCCAAGGCCUAAGAAGUGCAGCGCUGGAAGAUUGUGCCCUCUGCCAGGAAACAAUCUCUUCCUCAGAACUUGCAGCAAAAGCUAGGGAUGGAGAAUUUGAAGAUCCUCCUGACUGGGUACCAGAUGAAGCCUGCAGUUUAUGCACGGCCUGUAAAGCUCCAUUCACAGUGAUUCGCAGGAAGCAUCAUUGUCGGAGCUGUGGCAAGAUUUUCUGUUCCCGCUGCUCUUCCCAUUCUGCUCCGUUACCUCGCUAUGGACAGAUGAAACCUGUUCGUGUCUGCACACAUUGUUACAUGUUUCACGUCACGCCUUUCUAUAAUGAUAAAGCUGGAAUCUGACCCCUUAUAAACAGGCACAUGACAAAAUGGAACUCAGAUGACCUAAGCCAAGAAUUAUACUGAAACGGAAUGGGCUUUUGUGACAAGUGCAGAAGGCAUGUGGGCUUUAAUUUAAACGUUCAUUAACAUUUGUACAGAGAGAUUUGACUGCAUAUUUCCUAUGCUGCUAAUGGAAAGGAUGAACUGUCUGUAACUCACAGCUCCAGUCUUCCAUAAAUACCCAGCUCCAUCAAUAUGAAUGAAAGAAAACAACUUCACUGCAAGGAAUAGGGCUACAAGGAAUUAAUUUCACUACAUCACUGUUUACCUUAAACAUAAAGACUAUCUGAUUGAUUGUAGCAUAUAUCACAACACCGAGCGGCAAGAGCAGGCGUCCGCACCUUUAAACCCGGGUCAAUCAUAUCAGAUGUGCACUGGUGGUUGUGUAAACUGAUUCCUAUUGGUACAUAGGAAUGAAUGGAGUAAAGGCAUGAUAGCUUUUGCAGGAUUCCAGGCUUCCGGAGUUUAGUGCAAUAUUUGUAAAACUGUGGGAUAUACCUGCAUUGGCACUUCAUUUUAUUUUUGCUUGCCUGGCUUAGUCAGCAAUAAUUUUCCGGCUCUAGAAUGUAAUCUAAGCCAACACCACUUCCCUAGCUGCUUCUUAUCCAUACGGAUCAACACAUUCAUCGCACAAGUAUUUAAAUAUUCCCUACAAAGACCCUAAAACUGUAUAUGAGCAAAUUCAGCUGAAAAUGAGUAAAGAGUGAUUAUUUUUUAUAUUUGUUUAAUGUAACAUUACAUAUAAUAUUUUAUUUCCAUUGUUGUUCACUGCAGGGCAGAGUUCCUGAAGGUUUCUUUAGCAUUCAGAUAUUUUAAAGAGACAUUGAAAAGCAAACAUUACAUACUUAAAUUCAUUAGAACAUGUUAUUUUUACUUACUGACCCUAACUUACUAUGUGUUUACCAUUUUUGGAAGGGUAAAAGCCCCACUCAGGAGAUGCAAGCAGAGUAUGGUCGGUAAGACAAUUAAAGGGACAGUAAAGUCAUAAUUAGACAUUCAUGAUUCAGAUAGGGCAUACCAUUUUAAACAACUUUCCAGUUUACUUCUAUUAUGUAAUUUGCUUCCUUCUCUUGUUAUCCUUUUCUGAAAGGUUUAUCUAGGAAAGCUAUGGAGCAGCAAAGAACCUAGGUUCUAGUUGCUGAUUGGUGGCUGCAUAUAUAUAUACUGUCAUUGGCUCACCCAUGUGUUCAGUUAGAAACCAGUAGUGCAUUGCUGCUCCUUCAACAAAUGAUACCAAGAGAAUGAAGCAAAUUUGAUAAUAGAAGUAAACUGGAAAGUUGUAUGUUCUACCUAAGUCGUUUCAUGUCCCUUUAAGAAUGGCAGUUACAAGUUGUCUCCCAUCGCCAGCCAUCUUGUGUCACGUACAAUAGCAUGGAUAAUACUCUAUAUGCUAUUGUUUUUCCUCCUGUGCAUGCUGCUCACUUCAAAGCCGUUGUCCUAUUUUAACCCCUUACGGUUGGCCGAUGGUGAAGCUCCGCCUUUUCAUGCUGGGCACCUCCAUCUUGGAGCACAGGUAUUCUCACCCCCUAUACAAAAACUGUGUUGAUUACCAGAUCAGUAAGAUUUCUGUCUUUUUGACAACUGUAUAAUGUGCUUUAGAUUUUUGCAGCAGCUGUAUUGCUGUAUUCUGUGUAAAAAAUAUAAAGCUCCCACGCUGUAUCAUGCACACAAACUGCAAACAAAUGAUACAGCUGCCUGCACAUGACUGAUCAGAGAAUCUGCACUGUUUCUGUCACAAGAUGGCGGUGGCCAGUACGAAGAUGCAGAGCUUCACCAACCAGGACCUGUAAAUAGUUAAAACAAUAAAGCGGCUCAGAAGACAAAAACAAUAACACACUGAGUAACCAUUCUUUUGUAGCUGUGCUCAGCCGUUUAAAGUCCUUUUAAGAUACAUAUUAAACAAGAUCAGUAAUACAAAUAUUACAUGCGCUAAUGAUUUAUAUCAAAUAAUCUUAAAAUGACCCUUUAAAUGACAGGGAAACUAGAGUUUUAGUUAAGCUUGAAUUCCAUUCCUCUGCUAUGUGAAACCUAUAAAUACAUUUAAAAUCGCUGAGCGAAGAGUACAGUUAGAAUAUGUUCCUCUCAGGCCAGAACAUACUUAGCUUCAUGCUUUGUUAUUAUGCAGAGGCAAUAGGCUAAACUUAAUGUAGUAUUACCUCAUAGGAGAUAUGACUCCGUUUGGGUCAUUCAGUCCUUGGGAGAACACAUUGCAGCCCCUGAAGUGGUUGAUUCUUUUAACAACCAUUUAAAAUAAUGGGCAGUUUUAAUUCACUGUAGAAUUGUGUCACACAGAUUUAGGUGCAAUUAAUACUUAAUUGGAUGUAGAUUCUAUUCCAGUUGUAAACUUUACAACUUGUAGCUAAAUCUAAAAUCUUUAUGUGCAUAGGAAACUGUUUGCUUUUUUUAUGCUAGUAAAGUUUACAAAUGAAAUAUAAUCUGUCCCUUUGUUGGCAAAUAUAUAGUCAAUCCCUAUCCAAUAUUUCUAAGCAUAAAGAAUUAUACAAACUGUCAAAUCCCUACUGAAUCACAAUUUUAGAGGCUAAGCAAUGCAUCAAUAAAUAAACUAAAUCCUGGAUUGGAACCUGUCUCUUUAGGCACCAUGAAAAUAUUAAUAAUGGGGCAAAUAAAAUUAUUUUACUCUGUGGUUAAAGGGAUAUGAAACACAGCGUUUUUAUGAUUCAGAUAGAGCAUGUCAUUAUAAACAACUUUCCAAUUAACUGUGAAAUUUUCUUUGUUCCUUUGGUAUCUUUUGUUGAAAAGAAUACUGAGGUAGGCCGGGAGCUAGCUGCUGAUUAGUGGCGGCACAUACAUGCCUCCUGUCAUUGGCUUACUGGCGUGUUCAGCUAGCUCCCAGUACUGCAUUGUUGCUCCUUCAAUAAAGGAUAUCACAAGAAUGAAAGAAACAUUUUGGGUUUCAUGUCCCUUUAACCCCUACACAGUCUUUUUUGUGCCCCUGUGUUACUAUAGGUGAGGAUACAACAACAUAUUAAGCACCUGUAUGUGCCAAUCACUACUAGCCUUUUGAGGAGGUCAUAAAGAAAAUGGGAAUUUUACUAAAAAUUAGAGGCUCUAUCAAAACUAUAUAUAUAUAUCACUUUGUUUUCUUUAAAAAAAUCAACACUCCAUACCAUUAUUUAGAUUCAGUUGGCACCUCAGUGAGUUAGCGCUGUAGCAUUGGAACUCUCCCUUGGUUUUACAUGUUGUCAAAUGCUGCACAAAACGUUAUGUUUACAUAGUUUAUAAAUGAUUCUUGUUCUAUAUAGAGAUCUCUGACUAGUUUAUAUGCAGCUCUGAAUGCUAAACAGAAUAUGUUCAAGUAUCUUAUCCUCCGAUAGUAUUUAUAAUAGAAGAAAAAAUAGUAUACUAGGAGCCCCACAAACACAGCAACAAAUAUACAGUGAUAAUCAUUUCAACGGGCAAAAUAUUUAUUAUUCUUUUUGUUCUGGAGCUCUUGACAUUUUAUUGCACAUUUAGCAAUAUUAUCACCUUUAGUGAAUUAUCAUUUUAAUCAAAAUCUUUCUUUCCCCCUCUAUUGCUACUAUUAGAUUGUGAUGCACUCCAACAACAUAUAGAUAUUGUACGUGUAUUGUGUGUUGGUCUAUACACACACAUCUGUUUGUUUGUUUUUAAACAAAAUCUGUGAAUAUAACAGUAUGAUAUUUUUUAAUUUCUUGUUUGUUAAUUAUUUUCUAUAAAAUAUAGACUAUUGUUCCCAAAUACCCAAACAUAAAGUUUUUUUUUUAUUUUGAACUAAAUUUUUUAGCUGGUAUAAAUAAGGACCAUUUAUUAAGCAGAAUCGAAAAGAAAACUCCACUGAUCAGACAUAUCAUGGCACAUUGAUUCAAAAGAGUUAAAUGGACUGGCACUGGUAUAGCACAACAACUUCCGUAUCUUUUUUGUUUGCUUUUUUUCUGUUCAUUGGAGUUAACGUCAGUGUAUGUACGUAAUUGACGUUUCAAAUAAGUGAAAUGUUUUAUUUUCUCAGGGUCUAACCUGUAGCAUAUCCACAUUCUCUGUAUGUUCUUAUUUACUUGGAGUGUAUGUAUACGAAUAAGCCACUAAAUAUCCUACAACUGGAAUAUGGAAAAUGUGUUUUACAACAGAUGUAUCUUCCUCGAAUUGAAAUACUUUUCUUUUGAUCAGUUAAUUUCAGGUUUAUGUAAUGUGGUGAGUAUACCACAUGUAAAGUUAACUUAAAGUGCAAACACUGGACAGAUGUAAUUUUCACUAUGUUUCAGAUUAAAAUAAUAUAAAUAUAUGUAUACAGUAAAAUGUUUUGUACUACCGAGGGUUGUCAAUAAAGUUAUUACAUGCA